AUGCAUCUUUCAUGUCUUUUGGCCGUGGGGCUUCUUCCACAGUUGCCCUCCGCUCUCCAUAUCCCUUCACGUCGAGCUGUGGAUUGCGGAUUCGCAACCUCUGCCGACAGUGGUGCGACGUGCUCGAGUUUCGCCGACGAGUGGGGUCUGACUGUGGAUGAGCUCAAGUCGUUGAACCCCGGUAUCAGCUGCCCUGAUAUCGACACAGACGGGCUGUACUGCGUAGUCGGCACUGUCAACGAUGAUGAGCCUACAACCAUCGUCCCUUCGAGCACGACGCGUGUAUCUACACGGGUGUCUUCGUCCGGCACGACUACCCCGUCCAUGCCCACUGCCACUGAGGGCAUGGUCUCUAACUGCAACAAGUUCCACCUGAUCAGCCCUACAACCACCUGUGAAGGCGUCUUGAGCUACCACAAAAUCUCCCUUGCAGACUUUUUCAAGUGGAAUCCCGCCGUCGGCAAGGACUGCAGUGGACUGUGGAAGGGCACCAACGCUUGUGUCGGUGUCAUUGGCUUCAUCCCGACUCUGACGACCACCACCAAGCCCAAGCCUCCAGCAACCACUACUACCAAGGGCAACGGAAUCUCGACGCCGACCCUUAUCCAAGAGGGCAUGGUGACCAACUGCAACAAGUUCCAUCUGAUCAGCCCCACAACCACUUGUCAGGGCGUCUUGAACUAUCACAAGAUCUCUCUAGCUGGUUUUGUCAAGUGGAAUCCUGCGGUUGGCAAGGACUGCGGUGGACUGUGGGCGGGCACCAAUGCCUGCGUUGGCGUGGUGGGAGACAAGCCUACGCCUACCACGACCGCUGGCAACGGCGUGACAACGCCUACACCAAUUCAGGCAGGGAUGGUCAAGAACUGCAUCAAGUUUCAUUACAUCAGUCCCACGACCACAUGCCAAGGUGUUUUGAAUUACAAUAAGAUCACAAUGGAGCAGUUUGCAAAGUGGAAUCCCGCCGUAGGUAAAGAUUGCAGUGGGCUUUGGAAGGAGACGCAUGCUUGUGUUGCUGUUUCUUAA